AUGCCACCCAGACCAACAAUAACAAUAAUAGGCGGCGGAAUAAGCGGCCUAGUCCUAGCAACAGGUCUGCUCCGCCGCGGAAUCCCAAUAAAAAUCUACGAAGCAGCCCCCUCCUUCGGCGAAAUAGGACUGGGCCUCUCCCUCGGCCCAGCCGCCCACCGCGCAAUGCCCCUAAUCGACCCCCAGAUCCGAGAAAUAUACGACAACCUCGUUACCACUCAUGCUGAUAGUCCGGGCUAUGAAUCGUUCCGCGAGACGUGGUUUGAGUUUAUCUGGGCUGGUGGUGUUAACGAGGGUAGCUUGUUGAUGGAUCUUAAGGCUUUGCCGUCUGGUCAGACGGCGGUGCGGAGGGCCGAUUUUUUGAAGGAGCUCGUUGGGCUGAUUCCGGAUGGUGUUGUGCGGUUUGGGAAGAGGCUUAUUGAGUUGACGGAGAUUGAGGGCGAUGGGGUUGGGCCGGGAGGUGGUGGGAUUAGGCUUGUGUUUGAGGAUGGGACGGUUGAGGUUGCUGACGUUGUUGUUGGCUGUGAUGGGAUUAAGUCCAAGGUUAAGGAGGCUAUGUUGCCUGAGGAGUCGAUGCCUGCGCAGCCUAGGUAUAGUGGAAUGUAUGGGUAUCGGGCUGUUCUUGAUAUGGAGGAUAUGGUUGAGGCUGUUGGGGAUCGGCGGGCUAGGGUUUCGACGCUUUAUAUUGGGAAGGGGGGUUAUGGGAUCUCGUAUCCUAUUAUGAGGGCGAAGAAGGUUAACGUUGGGUUUUAUGUUUUGAGUGAGGAGUGGGAGGGCGAGAGUUGGGUUCGUCCGGCUAAGAGGGAGGAUAUGGAGAGAGAUGCUGGGGGGAUGGGGAGAUUUGUGCAGGCGCUUAUUGAGCGCAUGCCUGAUCCUUCUCAGUGGGCUAUCUUUGAACAUCCUCCUUUAUCUACAUAUACCCGGUCUCGAAUUGCCAUUCUUGGUGAUGCGGCGCAUGCUUCGACGCCGCAUCAAGGUGCUGGUGCGGGACAGGCGAUUGAAGAUGCGCAUGUUCUGGCUGAGCUGCUAGAUGAUUCCCGAGUGGAUUCGGUACAAGGCAUCAUGGCUGCUUUCAAGGCAUAUGACGAGAUUCGAAGACCUCGCAGUCAGAGAGUCGUUACUACCAGCAAGGAAAAUGCCUAUUUGUUUUCAUUGUGUUUGGAUGGAAUCGAGGAUGAUGCGGAAAAGUUGAAGGAAACACUCCAGGAGCGAUCUCGGUGGCUCUGGGACCUGGAUGUUGAGGGUCAAGUGGAGCGAGCGAGGGAAAGAAUGAGUGAAUAUUUGCUGGCUCAAUGA